AUGCAGCUAAUCUGGGCCAAGCAUGUUGCACGUAUACUGAAGAGCAAAAGAAGUAUGCAAGAAAUGCAAGAAAUACAUCUGCCCCGGCCCUUCCAAGAAUCAAUCCUGAAUAACAGAUUUUACCCACAGAACUUGUCCCUCAAGACUACCAUCACCUACCGGGCCACUCUUAAACCGUUGAAGACCCGUCUAGACGCAGCAGCGUCCAAUUUGUUUGUGGAGAAUGAUACAAGGGUGGAGGUACCGGUCCGAGACUUCCACAAUGAUGGUUCUAAGGAUAUUUCAGAAGAGUUCAACAUUCAGAAUCUUCAGAGACGGUACGAUGAAUUGACCCAAAAGGAUUGGGGAUCAGAAGACAAGAGCUUUGGGACGGUCGAGAAAUGUUUUCGCUCUAACCUGGCUGCUCAUUUGAUGUUCUGUCACUGGUCCACUGAGGGCUGGCGAUGGCGUGCUCUCUGGCUCGAAACCAUUCUUGAAGGCGCCACAUUCAAGGUCCUAGUCCGCCUCCAUGGACCAGACGCAGCUUACAGUCUAUCAAAGCGAGAGCAGGUAGUGCAGUUACAACUGUGGGAAGACAAAGUGAGCGAGUGCGUUAUGGCCAUGGGGGCGAAUGUUAACAUCAUCACGUCGAUAUGCCGUUUCUACAAUGGCCUACUAGACGAUAAGGAUGUUCCUCAGUCUUUAAAGGAUGCUUAUGGUCUCGACAUAGUUGGCUUGAGCGUCUAUGGAAGAUAUGAUCUCUAA